AUGGCAUCCACUGACAAACGUGAAAUCAAAAUGAUCAAUGGCACUGUUCUGCUCAUGAAAAAGACACCUUUGGACCUUGGUUCUUCUCAAGUGUUAGCUCCACAUGAAACUUAUGAAAUUCUUGGGCAUAAGGUCAUCCUGCAGCUUGUUAGCUCUGUCCAUGGAGAUCAAGGAAAAACUUUGAAAGGGAAGCUUGGGAAUCCUUCACAUUUAAGAGAUGAGAACAAAUCAGGCAGCGAAUCGAAGUUUUGUGUCACAUUUGAGUGGGAUCAUGAAGUUCUUGGAGCUCCAGGUGCAUUCAUCAUCAAGAACUUUAAUACAAGUGAAUUCUAUCUCAAGUCACUCACUCUUGAAGCUAGUGAUCCAAGUCAAGACACUGUGCAAUUUGUAUGCAACUCUUGGGUUUAUCCUGCUGAGAAAUAUAAGUCAGGCCGCAUUUUCUUUGUGAAUCAGGCUUGGCUUCCUAGUGAAACUCCUGCAGCAUUGCGCGUGUAUAGAGAAGAAGAGUUGCUAAUGUUGAGAGGAAAUGGAACUGGAAAGCUUCAAGAAUGGGACAGGGUUUAUGACUAUGAUUGUUACAAUGAUCUUGGAGAUCCAGACAAUGGUCCACUUUAUGCCAGACCAGUCCUUGGAGGAUCUGUAGAGCAUCCUUAUCUGCGAAGAGGAAGAACAGGCCGACCACCAUCUAAGGCUGUUAAACCUACCACUGAAAGCCGGCUUCCACAAAUAGCUAGCUUUGCAAUUUAUGUCCCGAGGGAUGAAAAGUUUUCGCCUUUAAAGAUGACAGAUGUCCUUAGUAAUGCACAGAAAGCCAUUGCGCAAGUCUUUGCUCCUCAGCUUGCUUCUUUAGGAAAUCUCACUCUCAAUGAAUUCAACAGCUUUGAAGAUGUACUGAAAGUGUAUGAACCUGGAUCUCCAGGAUUUCUUAAGUAUCCAACGCCACAUGUUAUUAGAGAGGAUAAGUCGGCUUGGAUGUCUGAUGAAGAAUUUGGAAGAGACGUUAGCUGGAUUGAACCCUGUGAGUUCCCCCCCACGAGCAAACUGGAUCCAAAAACUUUUGGUGACCAAACAAGCAAAAUAACCAGAGAACAAAUACAGAAUCAGCUAGAUGGAAUGACCAUUGAAGAGGUAAGUGACUAA